AUGUGGAACGCGUGGGGGAGAUUGCCGCCCAGGGAGGGCUGGCAGGCGAGCAGUACUGCUGAUACUGCUCGCAGUGCUGAGGGCGAGGUUGCUGAGGGAGGAGCGACUGGGACUGUGGGAGACCCACCAGGCAGUAGCGGCAUUGUGGCAUCUGGUGUGGACCCCACGGAGUUUGCUUUCUUGAGCUCUACUCUCUUCUGGCAGCCGCUGUUCGCCAGGAGUGUUUCUCUGAUCUUUUCCGACUGUGCUGGCAGCCGCCACAAGGAGAGGGUGGAGGACGCUGCCGUGGAGGAGGCAAAGAACCGGCUGGCAGCGGGGGAGAAAGGCACAGCGGCUCCUGCUGCUACUGCUGCUGGGUCUACAGGUGCAACCAAGGGAUCCGGCACUGCAAGCGGCGCCAGGCUGGUGCCCGUGAACAAUAACGCAGUGGUUGGGCUGUUCACAUACCGAGUCACCUGCCUGCUGCGAUGGAGGCUCGGCGCUGCACUCGAGCUUCCGGUCACCACUGGUAAGGAAAGUCAGACAAGGACGGGCUGGAAGGAGUUCCCGGAGGGGGCCAAGGCGGCAGUGGCGGCGCGUGAGAAGGACCCCGGGGAGUUCAUGGGCAUCAAGUCUUUCCAGGUGGGGGCGUUUCGUGGCGGUAAGUUGGACAGGGAGGAGAUUAAGGAGUAUAAUCUGAGGGAGCUAAACCCGUCCCACCUGGCCUGCACAUCCGCCUCUCAUCCCAACCCUGGUGUCUGGAGCACUGUACAGGACAACACCAGCGGUCCCUUCUUCCCCACGCUGGGACACUGCGUGGAGGAGUUUUUGAGAAGGUUCGCUCCCAAGAAGCUGGCAAAGGAGGGCAGGAACGGCCCUCUGGCCCGCGCUAUCACCUUCUGGGCUGCCUGUUCAGGCAUGGAGGAGCAAAGCUGGGCGACUCUGGCUCUGGGGCCGAAUCCAGAGGGCAAGAUAAAGCCGAUCGUACGGUCCAGAACCGAGGUGGAUGCGUUGAUGGCGGAUACCAAUGCACCCAUGCUUGAGUGCAUCUGCUGCCGCCUCUGCAUCGGCAAAUACUACCUGGCUGUGAAGCAUACCUCACUCGUGGCGACCUUCGCCUACCGCCCCUCGUCCGCGCUGCUGCGCUGCCUCCUCUCGCUCUUCCCGCCGCGCUCGGCGACCUUCAAAUUUAUCCUGGAGAGUUUGCGCGUGGCGCCUGUCCCUGCGGUGGUCCCGGACUCGCUAGUGGCGCCGCUGCUGGAAGGCGUGAUGGAGGAGAGGCGUCUAGGGCUGAUCUACAUGGGCAUACUCCACAUCAGUAAGGCCAAUUCUUUUCCGUCCAUUCUGGAACCCGUCAGCAGCGACGCAAGCGGACAGGUGGAGGGGGACAAGCAGCAGCAGCCGCAGGAGGGGGAUGAGGAGUGGAGGAUGUGGGAGGAGGUGGAUAGCUGGCGCAUGGCGGCUGAGAACACGUGGCCUGCUGUGGAGGCGCACGAUGCACCGCUGCAGAUGGGAGCAGGGAAAGGAACAGGGCGUGUGCCAGGGGAGGUGUCGGAGGAGUGCUGUGAGGGCAUGAGGCAUGCAAUGGUGGAGGAAGAGGAGGCCCUUGCUGCUGCCAGGAAGAAUCCUGGGAAGGGGCGGAAGGGGAGGGCAGGGGCGUGGUACCUGGAGCCGCGGCCGGGGGGGGGGAAUCCUCUGGCGUGUUUGAGGAAGAUGCUGCUGGGGGAGACCAGCUACUGCUCCCAGGCCAAGCUGGACGCUCUUGCUGCAGCGGAGGGGCACAGUGGCAAGCCAGGGCCGCGUGGCUGUGCCUCCCCGCGGUGUGGCAAGGAGGAAGGGGCGGGGGUGCAGCUGAAGCUAUGCUCGCGGUGUGGCAAGGUUGCCUACUACAGCAAGGAGUGUCAGAAGGCUCACUGGCCCUUGCACAAGCUCAAGGUUAGGGAGGGAGGCGAGUCGUCCUAG